AUGGAUUCAGUUGCAACAACAGCAACACAAUCUGUCACAGUUACUAAUAAUAAUUUGGAAACAUUUUCACUGGUUUGGCUUGACAAUUCUGUUAAUAAGUCAGAAGAAAACCGUCAUACUCAACAACGAUUGAGGACAAUAAUUAAUCAUUUACGAGCGUUUGACAACAGUCAUGAUUGUGAAGAUUAUAUUCGAUCUGUAUCAAGUCAUGAUCGGAUUAUUAUUAUUAUUAGUGGCCUAUCAGGCAGACGAUUAGUACCACGUAUACACAGUCUUCGGCAAGUUUACUCAAUCUAUGUUUACUGUUUGGAUAGAAAAACAAAUAAAAAGUGGACUGAAGACUUUAACAAAAUUCAAGCCCUUAUAACUAAAUCAGAAGAAUUAGUAAAUCGAAUUGAACAAGAUCAAACAAAACGUAUUAAAAUAAAAGUAGAUGAAGUUCUCUCGAUAAAUAUAUUGAAUAAAGAUCAAGGCCAAUCGACAACUGGGCUUAACGGUCAAUUUGUUCAUUCUCAGCUAUUAAUUGAUUGUCUACUUCGAAUGAAAUCGAGCACACAAGAGAGAAAUGAUCUUAUUCAUCUAUGUAAAGAAGAAUACAAAGGUAAUCCCCACGAGCUAUCAAUAAUAAAUGAUUUUGAAAAAACUUACACAUCAUCUCAAGCUAUAUGGUGGUAUACAAGACAAACAUUUCUCUACCGUUUAUUGAAUAAAGCUUUACGAGUGCAAAAUAUUGAUUUAAUAUAUUUAUUUCGUUUUUUUAUUCGUGAUUUGCAUCGACAAUUAUUAGAAUAUCAAUGUGCAUCAUCUAUACGUGUUUAUCGUGGUCAAUUGAUGUUUCAAGAUGAACUGCAAAUAUUAAAAGAUUCCACAGGACAAUUUAUUUCGAUAAAUUCAUUUCUAUCGACCAGUCUUAGUCGUGAGUUAGCGUUAGUUUUCUCUCGUAAUUCUGAUCAAUGUGAAAAAGUUCUUUUUGAAAUCGAUGCUAAUCCACAAUAUGGUUAUGAAAAACCAUUUGCAAAUAUAAGCAGUCAUAGCCAUUUUCCUGACGAAUGCGAAGUACUAUUUAUGUUAGGUUCAAUAUUUCGUCUUGUUGAUAUUCACUGUAACGAGGAUAGUUUAUGGAUUAUUCAUAUGACAUUAUCAAGUGAAAAUGAUCAUGAUUUGAAACCGAUACUUGAACAUAUGAAAAAUCAACAUAGUCCAGAUGAAACUGAUCUUCUUUCAUUUGGUCAUGUUUUACGAAAUAUGGGUAAAUUUCAUGAUGCCGAAAAUUAUUAUCGCCGUUUACUUCAUCCAUAUCCAACUGAUUCACAAGAAUUAGGUCGAUGUUAUCAUGCAAUUGGCAUAAUCGCCUAUGAGAAAGGUGAUUAUGAUUCAAGUUUAAAGUGGCAUGAACAUUCACUGAAAAUUAAAUUAAGCUCAUUAAAAUCUGAUGAUCCACAUUUAGCCAGCAAUUAUAAUAGUAUUGGAACAAUUUAUGAGAGAAAAAAAGAUUAUACACGUGCACUACAAUCAUUUCAUAAAUCAUUAGUUAUUCUGCAGCAAGCAUUCGGUGAUGAUCAUCCAAGAGUAGCUGUAUGUUUAAAUAAUAUUGCUGGUAUAUAUCAAACAGAGAAAAAAUAUAAUGAAGCAUUAGAAUAUAAUAAAAAAGCUUUAUGCAUAAGAGAAAAACAUCUUCCGGCAGAUCAUCCCGAUCUGGGAGCAUCGCAUAGUAAUAUAGGAAUAAUCUAUCGAUGUCUUGGAUAUUACGAUUUAGCAUUGAAACAUCAUAAUCGGUCUCUUGAUAUUCAUCGAAAAACACUUCCACCACAACAUCCGCAAAUAGCGUCAACACUUACUAAUGUUGGUCUUGUUUAUGAAGAUAAAGCAGAAUUUCAACCGGCGUUAAAUAAUUAUGAAAAAGCUGCUUCGAUCUAUCGUCAAGCAUUACCAUUGACACAUCCGAAUAUAAUCAAAACCAAGCAACUUAUUCAGCGAGUUUUAUUGAAAAUGUAA